UCUGGCUGCCUCCAGUAACGCGGAAGACAACGAUUCAAACAUUUCGUUUGCGGUUACUAAAAUUGUGUUUUAUUUAUAUAUUUAAUUAGGUGUUGUCAGCACCUCCCCGUGGAUUACCGCAGAGUUAUUUUAGUUCAUGAUGUAUGCGCAUCCUCCGCCGCCCAAAACGGUCAUUGUGUUCAGGAACGGAGAUGCUUUUUACCCCGGCCGAAAGUUUGUUAUCAAUCAACGCCAGUCAUACACUUUUGAAAGCUUUCUGAACACUGUCACUCGAGGCAUCACAGCUCACUUUGGGGCAGUGCGAAAUAUUUACACCCCUAACAAGGGUCACAGGGUGGCGAAUCUGGAGAAGCUGGUGCAUGGAGAGAUAUAUGUGGCAGCCGGAGCAGAGAGACUCAAACAAAUGGACUAUCGUCACAUAACAACACAGAAACCUCCCAAAAAGAAAAGUGAACUGAUCCAACCUGUAGUUCACAGCAGAAUAAUUGUCCCAGCUCGAUGGAAGAGAAUCAGUAAUGAGUCGUGCAUCAUCAAUGUCUUUACCAAUGGAGAUAUCUUGGUUCCUCCAGCACGGGUGCUGAUUCCCAAACACACGCUUGGUAGCUGGGAAAACGUGUUGGCCAUGGUGACCGAGAGAGUUCACCUUCGCACUGGAGCUGUGCACAGAUUGUGCAUGCUGAAUGGGAAGCCUGUACGUGGAUCGUAUGAUCUGCAGAACAACCACUAUUAUGUUGCUGUAGGGAGAGAGAGGUUCCGGUCUUUGCCAUAUCAUCUGGCCCCAAGCAAGGGAGUAAUCCACGAUAUUGCCGAUGUGGUCAACAAUGGCAUUCAUCCAGUUCUAAAAAAAGAUAAAGAAGACCGAACUUUGUUUGCAAAACCAGGAGUGGACAGCACCGGCUCCGUUUUUUACGCCAAACAGCCCAGGCAGGGAUGGAAAAUCCCAGAUCUCUUUGCUACGGCGGAAAAAAGUGUCUUCAGAGCCACAAACAAAAUGAAGGAGGCAGUAGUAGCAUCUGAAGUACUGGAAGAUGAAAAUAUGAAGGUUGAUCUUCCGAUUGAACAGAUGGAAGUAAGAGAAGUUGAGGAGGAACCAAACUCCUACAAUGACUUCAAAAACCAUCAAAAUGCAGCUUUAUCAACAAGGUCAUCCCCUUCUAGAACCAAUAAGAUCUCAGAAUAUACCUCGAGUAUGAAGGAGUCAAGAGACCUCCAACCCAACAGCCAUGGAGAGAGCAAGGACCAGUCAUUAGAUCAACAAGAACCAAAAGACACCAAGGGGGAGGAGAUAUCCUCAAAGAAGUAUGGAAUACGAUCGCAUACGUCUAAGUUUUUAAAGGAAAAGAAAAAAGUAACCUUGAACUGUGGACCUAAUGGCUUUUAAGUAUCAGGUAUGUACUUAAUGAAAAGUAGUUGAGC